AUGGCCGGCAGAGGCGCCGGCUGCGGCCUGCAGCCGCCGGCCGUAGCGCAGCCGCCCGUCGGCGGUCACCUGUACCCCUUCGUGAGCGCGGGGGGCGCGGAGAACGAGGGGCCGGAGGAGGAGGGCGAGGUGUCGGAGCUGCGGCCGCGGGGCAGGGAGAAGUUCCGGAGGAGCGCGUCGAGGGACAGGCUGGAUGAUAUCGUCCUGCUAACGAAGGAUAUCCAGGAAGGGGACACUCUGAACGCAAUCGCGCUUCAGUAUUGCUGCUCGGUUGCAGAUAUCAAGAGAGUUAACAAUCUUAUCAAUGAUCAAGACUUUUUUGCCCUGAGGUCUAUCAAAAUUCCAGUGAAAAAGUUCAGCGUAUUGACCGAAACACAUGUCUCUCCAAAAGGAAGACCAGUCCUUCGGCCUGCUCACUGUUCCCCAGAAGUGCAGGAAACAUCACCUUCUGAUAAAUUCUCUGCUAAUGAGACUGCUGGCAACUUCUUAAAAGAAGUGGAUCGAGAUAUAGAAGAAAUAGUGAAGUGUAAUGAUACAAAGAGAGAGAAUCUUAACGAAGUUGUUUCUGCCUUAGCAGCCCAACAGAUCUGUUUUGAAACUGAUGGUAAAACUAAAAAAUGCAAGGAUCCUUACUAUGGAGCAGAUUGGGGUAUAGGAUGGUGGACAGCUGUAGUGAUUAUGUUGAUUAUUGGCAUAGUAACUCCAGUUUUUUAUCUCCUGUAUUAUGAAGUUCUAGUGAAAGCAGAUGUCAGUCACCAUUCUACAAUGGAAUCUUCGCAUUUGUUUGUCACAGCAGCAUCGCAUCAGAAACAAACAGCAAAUGGAAUAAAUCCGGCGAACAUUAUAAAUGUUGAUAAUCAAGGAGACCCCCAGCCUUAACAACGGAAAACCCCAGGCUACUGUUAUUCAUAGACACAUAACAUAGCAUUAGAUAAAGGGGAAACCACAGAAGGCAAAAUGCAUCUGGAACGCAGAGAAAAUGCGUCCUGAUGUGUGACUUGCCUUUAUGGGCAGCGUUCCAGUACAAGGAUAUUUCUGUGGAUCAUGUAAUCUCUGACUGUGCCUGAGACAGGCGAUUUUAACGCAAGAUUGGGAUAUAAGUUAAGGUAUAAAAAUGUCUCUGAAGCUUUGCACUUUUUUCUAUUUUGAUAGGAGUAUGUUUUUUAAUUAAUGAUGAGGUGAAAAGAUGUAGUUUGAACUAACACAUGAGUAGUCUCACUGUAUAUUUUACAGCCCUAAAAUGGGCAUUUGGGGAUAUCUAACUUUUAAACAUCUUAAAGUAUUUAUAGAAUGCAUAGUACACUUGACAUUUUAAUAUCAGGUUUACAGUUGUCAGUUAAAACUGCGUUCUCAUUAUUUUAUCUUUCUUAGAGUAAGAUUUUUUUUUUUAAAACCCAAUCAUUCCAUAAUUAAUUGCCACUAUGAAGUUCUUUUUUAAAAGUGACUUUUAUAGAGGCAGUAGCUAAUACUUAAGCUGGAAUCUUCCAAUCUUGUGCCUGUGGUCAACCCACUCUUCAGUACUUUUCAGUGUGGGCAGUAGGGUAAUUUGUUUCCUGUGUGUGUGACGCUGUGCCUCAACACAGUCCAGUUGAGAGAGUCGUGCUGAAACUUCACGUCCUUCCGUGGUAUCCUACUGAAAACUGACUGGACUGGACUGCACUUCUCAUCUGGUCAGCUGUGUAUAGAAGGAAAGAAGUGCACGUCUGGCACCUUGCUGUGACUGCUUCAGUAGUCUUUAUUUUAUGCUAAUGGAUUCCCCCCCCCCCAGUUAAUCUCAGUUCAGGACCAACUGAUUCUUCAGACAGCAGUCAUGUGGGUGCUGAGUAGGGUAAUGGUCGUGUGCCUGUGAAUCUCAAAACACUGACUUUUUCCUGAAAUCUAGAAAAGUUCAGAUGAGAUUUAAUGGCUGCUAGCAAGAAACUUAAAUUGCAGCAGAAUAGACCAGUUGCAGCUUCAGACUUGUUCUUUACAUAGUAGUAUAUUCAUCAACCACUCUGUUCGUGAACAUUUCACUUGGGGUUUCAUGAACAACCUUGUUUUUCCCCUCUUUUCUUCCCUACCUGAAAAUACUACAAAUGCUAAACAAAAAAAACCCUGGACUCUUCCUACAGAAAGGAGGAGGUACUUGUGUACUCAGCAUAUUUUUAAAUAAAAACUGAGAUGCUGCCUACAAUUUUUUUGUUAUAUUUGCCUUGUGGAGUAAGAUUUCCAUUGCCCUGUUCAAAGUACCAUUUGUUACCAAAGCCCGAGAUAACUGACUUGAAUAGGACUUAAAAAGAGACAAAUGGAAAAAUAAUCAUUAUCCUUUAAACUACUGUUAUAAGCUUUCCUUUGAGUGUCUUGACUGAGUAUAUACAGUAUUAAAAAAUCUGAUUAAAUGAAUGUUUCCUAACUA